AGAAAACCCCGGUUUGGUUGCGUCCUUUCCACAGGAAAAGGGGGACAGGAUUGCCUAAAACCCGUUUUGAGAGAGGACUGGAGGCCCUGUUUCAGAAACAAACCCAGAGAGAGGAAGCCAGCUUCUUCAUCCCUGACUGACUGAUGGACGUCCUGGGCUUCGUGUGUGCCGUGCUGCUGUGCUCCGUGGUCGUGCACGGCAAGCCGACGUUAAGGAAAGACAGAGUCCUCUAUCAAGACCCAGAAGUGGCCAGGCAGCAGGCCAACGACGACAACAAGAGCUUCCAGUACGACCAUGAGGCCUUUCUUGGCAAAGACGAGGCCAAAACAUUUGAUCAGCUCACCCCGGAGGAGAGCAAGGACAGGCUCAGUAAAAUAGUGGACCGGAUAGACAGCGACGGCGAUGGCUACAUCACCACAGCCGAACUCAAGGCGUGGAUCAAGCGCGUACAGAAGCGUUACGUGUACGAGAAUGUGGCGAAGGUGUGGACAGAUUAUGACCUGAACAAAGACAACAAGAUUUCAUGGGAUGAGUACAAGCAGGCCACGUACGGUUACUACCUUGCCAACCCAGAGGAGUUCGAGGAUGCGACAGACCAGUUCAGCUUCAAGAAGAUGCUUCCUCGUGACGAGAGGAGGUUUAAAAGAGCUGAUCUAAACGGGGACCAGGCGGCAGACAGAGAGGAGUUCACAUCCUUCCUCCACCCUGAGGAGUUUGAGCACAUGAAGGAUAUUGUGGUUCUGGAAACCCUGGAGGACAUUGAUAAGAACGGCGAUGGACACGUGGAUGAAGACGAGUAUAUUGCCGACAUGUUCGCUCAUGAGGACGGGGGUCCAGAGCCAGACUGGGUCAAGACUGAGAGGGAGCAGUUCUCUGACUUCCGAGACUUGAACAAGGACGGUAAGAUGGACCACGAUGAAAUCCGCCACUGGAUUAUGCCACAAGACUACGACCACGCUCAGGCUGAAGCCAGACAUCUGGUGUAUGAGUCUGACCAGGACAAGGAUCAGAUGCUGACUAGAGAGGAGAUCCUUGAAAACUGGAACAUGUUUGUGGGAAGCCAAGCCACCAACUAUGGAGAAGACCUCACCAGGAACCAUGAUGAGCUCUGAGUGCAGCUUCUGACCUUUGUGUCUGUGUGUGUAUGUGUGUGUGUGUCUGUGUGAGAGGAGGGUCGGUGAACAUCUCAACAACAGAAUCACAGACUCUUGCACCUCCUCCCACCACCACAACCCCCUCUCAUCCUUUCCUCAUAAGAGCAGGACAGAUGUCAGUGUGUUGGAUUGUGAACUCACACUGUAGAUACCAGACAAGAGGAUGGACAAGGGUCGGUCCUACCACUAACACUAAGGGUCCAUCUUGGUCUUUAUAUCGACGGUUCUGUUUCUGACAUUCAGGAGCAAAAGGCCAGACCCAGUGGACCUACUUUCCAUCGAUGGUGCCUUCCAGUCGCAUCGCCGGCUUUUCUUGCCUCAGAGAUCAGUGUAGAUAGUCUUAAAUAAAACCUGUCAAAGCUGAGUGCCGAGCUUUACGUGAAUUGUCGGAUACAGGAACAGUUUUUGAUAGCGUUAAUGUGAAACUACAGCGCAGAACAUUUAUUCUGAUUUUAUUUAUUUAUAGAAUAUCUUCUGAAUUUUAGGUUUGAGAGUAAUACAGUGUUCAACUAGAGAUUUCUUUUUUUGAAACAAGACACAAAUGUUUUCUGCGUUUACAGUUUUUCCUCGCCAAAUGAUUUUAAUGUUGUUUUUUAUUAGUCAGAUACUUAAGAACUGAUAAAUAACUGAUGUUUGAUGGCAUGGUUUUUGCACGUGUUUGGUUUUUAGUGUAGCCUGUGAAAGACUUUAUUUUUCUUCAUACUUAGUUUGAAAUGUAAUUAUUUAUAGGCCAACAGUAUGCUCCAUGUUCAUUUUUUAUUGACCUUUUACUGAUGUUAUAUUUGAGCGUUACCCUUUUACAACCGUUUAAUUUAAUUAAGGUUGGCCCCUUCUUUAGUACAGUAGUGACUCAAUACACAAGUUUCCUUUGUCACAUCUCACAUGACUUGUUUCCUGUUACAUGACUCCGAGGGCAUCCUCUCCCACUGCAUUUGGAAUUGUAUUUUUUUUGUUGUUGUUGCAUUUUUAAUGGAUAGUUUUCAACUCAAAAAGAACAAACUUUGACUACAAUUUGAGGUUCUUGUAAUUUUAGUCCAAUUAAUUUCACUCAAACCCCAUUUUUUUCUCCUUUGCAUCUUUGUCUGCUGUGCUUUGUUGUCCUACACCUCAGUUGCAUUAAUAGUCGGCAUCACAGAUGGACACAAAAGCAUCAACACGUCUUCUUUUCUGAACUGCACAUGAUCCUGAAUUGUGUCAAAAUAAAAAGAAAAAUCUUCAAUA